GCCCCAGCUCACCCAGCCCCACCCGGCUCGGCCCCGCCCAGCGCCCCCCUCCGUCCGGGCGGCGCGAGUUGUGAGGUGUCUCAGCGAGGCGCCUGCGCAGUGGGCAGCGGCGCGCGGGGCGGAGGCUUUAUAACCACUUCGUCGCAGCCGCUCGGGUUCUAGCUCGCGGAGGGCGGGUGAGGCGGUGGUGCCGGCCCGGGCACCCGCUGAAGGGGCUGAGGAAGCGGGUGCCGUGGCGGCGCUGGGCGCCCCUCGCCCCUCGGCCUCUGCGGGCCAUGGGCUCCGAGAAGGACUCCGAGUCGCCGCGUUCCACAUCGCUACACGCGGCCGCGCCCGACCCCAAGUGCCGCAGCGGCGGCCGGCGCCGGCGCCUCACUUUCCACAGCGUCUUCUCCGCCUCGGCCCGCGGCCGCCGCGCCCGGGCCAAGCCGCAGGCCGAGCCACCGCCCCCGGCCGCGCCGCCGCCGACCGCCUCGGCUGCGGCCCAGGCCCCGCCACCCGAGGCGCUGCCCGCCGAGCCCGGCGCGGAGGCCGAGGCGGAGGCCGUGGCAGCGGCGGCGGCGGCGGCCGGGCCUGGGUUCGACGAUGAGGAGGUGGCGGAGGGCGGCGGCCCAGGCCCGGAGGAGGUGGAGUGUCCGCUGUGCCUGGUGCGGCUGCCGCCCGAGCGGGCCCCGCGCCUCCUCAGCUGUCCGCACCGCUCGUGCCGGGACUGCCUCCGUCACUACCUGCGCCUUGAGAUCAGCGAGAGCCGGGUGCCCAUCAGCUGCCCCGAGUGCAGCGAGCGGCUCAACCCCCAUGACAUCCGCCUGCUGCUCGCCGACCCGCCGCUCAUGCACAAGUAUGAGGAGUUCAUGCUGCGCCGCUACCUGGCCUCAGACCCGGACUGUCGCUGGUGCCCGGCCCCCGACUGCGGUUAUGCUGUUAUCGCCUAUGGCUGUGCCAGCUGCCCAAAGCUGACCUGUGAGAGGGAAGGCUGCCAGACCGAGUUCUGCUACCACUGCAAGCAGAUAUGGCAUCCGAAUCAGACAUGCGAUAUGGCCCGUCAGCAGAGGGCACAGAGUUUGCGAGUACGGACCAAGCAUACUUCAGGUCUCAGUUAUGGGCAAGAAUCUGGACCAGCAGAUGACAUCAAGCCAUGCCCACGAUGCAGUGCUUACAUCAUCAAGAUGAAUGAUGGAAGCUGUAAUCACAUGACCUGUGCAGUAUGUGGCUGUGAAUUUUGUUGGCUUUGUAUGAAAGAGAUCUCAGACUUGCAUUACCUCAGCCCCUCUGGCUGUACAUUCUGGGGCAAGAAGCCAUGGAGCCGUAAGAAGAAAAUUCUUUGGCAGUUAGGCACAUUGAUUGGUGCUCCGGUGGGGAUUUCCCUCAUUGCUGGCAUUGCCAUUCCUGCCAUGGUCAUUGGCAUUCCUGUUUAUGUUGGCAGGAAGAUCCACAGCAGGUAUGAGGGAAGGAAAACCUCCAAGCACAAGAGGAAUUUGGCUAUCACAGGAGGAGUAACUUUGUCAGUCAUUGCAUCCCCCGUUAUUGCUGCAGUUAGUGUUGGUAUUGGUGUCCCCAUUAUGCUGGCAUAUGUCUAUGGGGUUGUGCCCAUUUCUCUCUGUCGUGGAGGAGGCUGUGGAGUUAGUACAGCCAAUGGAAAAGGGGUGAAAAUUGAGUUUGAUGAAGAUGAUGGUCCAAUCACAGUGGCAGAUGCCUGGCGAGCCCUCAAGAAUCCCAGCAUUGGGGAAAGUAGCAUCGAGGGCCUGACUAGUGUCCUGAGCACCAGUGGAAGCCCUACAGAUGGACUCAGUGUCAUGCAAGGCCCUUACAGCGAAACAGCCAGCUUUGCAGCCCUCUCAGGGGGCACACUGAGUGGCGGCAUUCUGUCCAGUGGCAAGGGAAAAUAUAGCAGGUUAGAAGUCCAAGCCGAUGUCCAAAAGGAAAUUUUCCCCAAAGACACAGCCAGUCUUGGUGCAAUUAGUGACAACGCAAGCACUCGUGCUAUGGCCGGUUCCAUAAUCAGUUCCUACAACCCACAGGACAGAGAGUGCAACAAUAUGGAAAUCCAGGUGGACAUUGAAGCCAAGCCAAGUCACUAUCAGCUAGUGAGUGGAAGCAGCACGGAGGACUCGCUCCAUGUUCAUGCUCAGAUGGCAGAAAAUGAAGAAGAUGGUAGUGGCAGUGGUGGUGGUGGCAGCAGUGAAGAGGGUCCUCCUUGUAAACACCAAAGCUGUGAACGGAAAGACUGCUUGGCCAGCAAAUCUUGGGACAUCAGCCUGGCCCAGCCUGAGAGCAUCCGCAGUGACCUGGAGAGCUCUGAUACACAGUCAGAUGAUGUGCCAGACAUCACCUCAGAUGAGUGUGGCUCCCCCCGCUCCCAUACUGCAGCCUGUCCCUCUACCCCUAGAGCCCAAGGUGCACCAAGCCCAAGUGCCCAUAUGAACCUCUCUGCCCCAGCUGAGGGGCAGACUGUCUCGAAGCCAGAAGGUGCAGAAGCCAGCGUAUGAAGUGGAAUGAAUGCUCCUGUUCUGAGAAGCACACUUGUUGUAACUGCAUCUUUUGGAAUCUUUUUUUUGGGGGGUGAGGUAGGGGUGGGAUUUAUGUAUUUUGUUUCAAAGAGUCACAGGUUUUCCCAGGGAAAUUCUGAGAAAUUUGCGAUUUCUUAACCAGAUGAAAUAUGGGAAUUUUUCCCUUAGCCCCACCCCCAUUAUUCCUAGCCCCUCCCCCCUUUUAGUUUUAAUUUAUUGGUUAAACUGACGGUGGCGAUCCAUGAGGUGUGUCAGAGUGUACAUAUGUAUGUGUGUAUAUUGUAUGUAUGCUAACAUAUUACUGAAGGACACAUUUUAAUAAAGAUUUCUGUCAUAA